AUGAAAGGACUAGCUUAUAACAUUCCCACACCGGCUUCAUCGUCCCACAUCUUGCCGAUCAAUAAGGUGGUAUACUCUUCCACUCAACGUGAAUUGUUUACUGCGGGAAGAGAUGGGUCGGUCAAAGUGUGGGAAGAAGAACGAUGUUUAAAGACCAGACCAAUAAGAAAUCAAAGUGUGUUCACCACCAACAAUCCACAAGAGGAGGCAUUAAAACUCGAAACCAGUAUUUCUGGAAGCCCAGUACCGUUUCAACGAAAUGGAGGAGGAUUGAAAAUCAAGGAAAGCUACAAUAUCCACAAUGAUUGGGUAAAUGAUAUACAAAUGGUGGGGGAUUUAUUGGUGUCCUGUUCGAGUGAUUUGGGGAUCAAGAUAAUAUCCCCCAAUGGUGCUGUGGCCAAUUUGCAGAAUGAUCAUCGAGAUUACAUCAAAAGGAUCUGCUAUGACAACAAUGAGUUGAUUAGUGGAUCGUUGGAUAAAAAUAUUAUAAUCCACGAUUUGGAAAAAUUGACCGCAAGAGCCAAAAUAAUGGAAACUCAAGGUAUCUAUGCAUUAUCUGCUUGUGAGUACUUGAUCGCGGCUGGUGGACAAAAUGUGGUCAACUUGUAUGAUUCAAGAUCGCAGAUGAAAAUUCGUAGUCUAAUUGGCCACCAAAGCACCAUUCGCGGGUUGAUUCAAGAUGCAAACUACCUCAUCACUGCAAGUUCGGACACAACCAUCAAAAUGUGGGAUUUAAGAACAUUUAAAGUUUAUAAAAAUUUCGAUAUACAUGAUUAUCCCGUUUGGGCAUUGGAAGGUGAUUCCAAUUGCUUUUAUCUGGGGGAUCGUGGUGGCAACAUUGUAAAGACAGACUUGUCCAACAUGUUUGCUAAUAAAAAUGAGUCCGAUUUCAAUUCCAAUUUCAAUUUCAAUUUCACUACAAAUGAAUGCGCUUCAAUCGAUGAAAAGUUGGGUGUUUCAACAAUAGUUGCCAAAAAUGAUUCACCAAUAUUGUCCAUUUGUCACAAUGAAGAUUCAAUAUUCAUUUCAGAUUAUGAUUCAUUGACGCGAUAUGUUAACCCAGAUACAUCAACUCUUGCGCAGUACCAAUUUCUCAAAACGUGUCUUGAUUAUUCGCCCAGUGAUGAAAUGGAUGAAGCACAGCCCAAUGAUGAUUUGAAUUCAAUGUUUCAUGACUUGGUGAGUCAUUUGUCGGUUGAUUCUGAUAAUGAGUUACAGAGUAAUUACUCAGUGGAACAAGCGGAGCCAGCUGAAUCGUACAUUUCAAUGUUUUUGAAUGUCAAUGGUGGACCAUCAAUUGAGUUUGUCAAUGCUUAUCAACUGGAUCUUACAGUGGCGGAUGAAUGUGUUGAUACAACCCCCAUUGAAAUCUUGCUCAAUCCAACAGAUCAAAUUACUCCCAUCCCAUUCAAUUUAAAACCUAUUUCGAGGUAUGAAAUUGUUCCGCUUAGUGUUGUUUCGAAAAGGAUACUCAAUAACAAGCGACAAAUUAUGGCCCUUUACUUAAAUGGUGAUAUUCGUAUGUGGGAUAUACUUAUCUGCAAAGAGUUGAAAAAGUUCCCUAGUCGUCAGGAAAAACUCCUCACCGGGAAGGAAUUGGAGUUCAGAAUCAAAGAGAUGGACGAUUUGGUGCAGAAAUAUCAGAGUCUGGACACUCUUAACAAUUGGUGUGAAGUCGAGAUCAAGGCGGGAAAAUUACUAGUUACUGUAAAGGAAACAUCAGUGAUGAAUGUGGAGAUUUACUACGAUGACAUGGUUAAAGAUUACCCAUAUCUUGCUAUAGAUCACCCUGAAACAAUUCGGCGAAUGGGGAACCACAAAACAAUUGUUGGUGACGAUGAUCGCUUCCAUCUUGGAUUAAUCUUGUUGAAUUCAAUUUUCCAUGGGUAUGCCAUGGUUGAGUGGGUGUUUGAUGAAUUAUUGCGAGAGGAGUUGGGAAAACAGGAGGCAAGGAGCACCCCAGUAGGUCCAUUAAACGAAUUCAUUAGUAUAUCAGAGGAGAGCUUGGCAAAAUCACUUCCACAAUACAACGACUCAAUUAUGAGCUUGUUACAAACAAACAAGAAACUUUAUCUAGAGAAACCCAAGGAAUCAGUGCUUCGUGUCAAUCAUGUCAACCCAUGUUUAGGCAUUGAAGGCGGAGAUGAUGAAUUGAGAUACUUUCCCGUCAUCAAUGCCAACCAUUUCCCAUCAGAUAUGAAGGUGACUUUAUUUGAGUACUCACCAGAAUUGGGCAAUUACCGGGACUUGAGCUAUUUUAAAAUCAGUGACAUCGAUAAUCUACCUGAUUUCCCACAACAAGAUCUCAUCAAUGAAUUGCGCUGUUUAUUACCUCGCUGGAUUGGCCAACCAAUCCUUUAUAAUCGAUUCAAUGUCAAAGAAUCCCCCAAGAUUACAUUUCGUUUACUCGAAGUCGACUAUUUCAAAUUACCACCAUCGAUUAAAAUUGGCGGCAAGUCACAACGCAAGAUUAAAUCACUCCCUGCGUUGGAAAGUAGCAUUAAAUUGACAUCACACAACAUGUUGCGGGUAUCGAAAAUCCUCCAGUUUUUAACUGACAAGUUUGAAAGUAGUACUAAGGAGAUGAAGGAUAAGAAAUUGAAACCGACAGAUUGGCUAGUGUUGGAGUGCAAAGGACAAGAGUUGAGCAAUUCCAUGACAUUACAAACAAUCAAGACUAGGGUGUGGAAGAGUAGUACCGAUAUCGAGUUGCGGUAUAGAAGGAGAUUGGAUACAUAG